GUAAUGCAAUGUGGGUUGUGGUACACAAGAGACAAGAUCAUAGCAAGAAUCACCUCUUCCAUAGCCAAUGAUGAAGAUCUUUCUGGUUCUGAUGACUUGGAUUCCGGCUGAAGUCUCCUCAUUCACCUUUGACCCUGCAUUGGAUGAAAGUUGGAUAAAGUGGACAUUAUUUCAUGGGAAACAGUAUGAAAAGAAUGAAGAACAUUGGAGGAGAAUAACAUGGGAGAAGAAUCUGCAACAAAUCAAUCAACAUAACCUGGAGUAUUCGAUGGGCAAUCACACAUUUCGUAUGGAGAUGAAUCACUUUGGUGAUAUGACCAGUGAGGAAUUCAACCAAAUCAUGAAUGGAUUAAUUCAAAGAAACCCACAGAGCCCAGCUCCCAGUGAAGAGCCACUCCACCAGCAUGACGAUAUAGAUAUUCCUCAGACCAUUGAUUGGCGUAGACAUGGAUAUGUCACAGAAGUGAAGAAUCAGGGUCACUGUGGCUCGUGCUGGGCAUUUAGUGCAACUGGAUCUUUGGAGGGACAGAUCUACAGGAAGACAAAUAAACUCAUCUCACUGAGUGAACAGAAUCUCGUCGACUGUUCCAGACAACAUGGUAACAAAGGAUGCAGUGGUGGACUGGUGGAAGAAGCCUUUAAGUAUAUACAGAGCAAUGGUGGAAUAGAAAACGAAACUUCCUACCCUUACACCGCAACAGAUAAGCAGUCUUGUAGGUACAAUCCCCUGCACAGUGUUGCUAACUGUACUGGGUACAAAACCAUUCGCCAGGGAAGUGAGCCUGCAUUAGCAAUGGCAGUGGCUUCAGUUGGACCCAUAUCAGUUGGAGUUGAUGCAGCUCAACUAUCCUUCCAGUUCUAUCAAUCAGGGAUUUAUCACGAUAACAAGUGCAGCACUACCAAGGUGAAUCAUGCAGUGCUGAUCGUGGGAUAUGGAACUCAUGGUCAAGGAGAAACUGCACAGAAUUAUUGGAUUAUUAAAAACAGCUGGGGAAAGAAUUGGGGCAUCAACGGGUACAUGCUUCUCGCUAAAGACAUGAAGAAUCAAUGUGGCAUUGCCAGUUUUGCAGUUUAUCCUCUGGUGUAAUGGCAAUGUCAGGCAGUCCCAGUCAUGGCUGGGUUUGAUACAAUCAUGACCAGAUUCGGAAGUUGCUACAAGACAUAACUCACCAUCGUAUCAGUGGUAACAGGAAACUGAGGGAACUCAGACUUAACAUUUCGGAUCGAGUGAUCCUUCCUCAGAAUGGAUCUGUUUCUCCACAAAUGCUGCCAGACCUGCUGAGCUUUUCUAGCAAUUUCUGUUUUUCUUUCUGAUUUACAGCAUCUGCAGUUCUUUCAGUUUUUUAUUGAAUAAAACUUGCUAUAUUGGACUGUAAA